UAUAUAAAAGACUCAAAAAGCAGAACAUUAUCCAAAAAAAAAUAUGAACAACAAUGCAGAGGCAGAGCAAGAAGAGGAGUUCAGUGAAUGGGUAGUGAUACAAACCUCAUCCACGAGCUCACCAGUCGACGCAUCUAGCCCUCUAAGCUCACAGAUAUCACAACCAAGCCAAGGCCGUGAUGAUGAUGAUGAAGAUUCUGUUGUCCCCGUCGUAGAAGAAGAAGAAGAAGAAGAAGAAGAUGAAUCCUCAAGCACCGUGAACCAGUCGUUUCCUUGGCGGGUGAUUGAGACUGCCAAGAAGCGACUGAAGGACUCAGGAAUUUUUGAGCGGGCGCCUUGUAAUUACGUGAGUAGUACAAGGGUGUUCUGGUCAUUCACCCUCAUUUGUGGCUUCUCAUUGGUCUCGAGCCUUGUUUAUGUGAAGAUCGUGAGAUGGUGGAGACGAUUACAAGAAGAGAAGCUGAGGUUUCUGCUUCUUCAGCUCAGAGAGAAAGAUCAGAAAAUAAAGGAGCUUAUAACUGAAAUUGGGAGAUUGAACGAGUCGAUAUCAUCCCGGCGCAGAGUUCGAGUGGUUCGGAUCUUGUGACAAGAUGCGAAUAUAUUUGUAUUGGCGAUUUGUUGUGCGACUAUUAUACAGAGUUAUGUUCAUAGUGUUAUAUGUGUGUGUAAGAAGAUAUACGAAAUUAAAGGAAAAUAGAGUGAAAUACAGUUUACA